AUGAGCGAUGGCACCCUGCGGAGGGUGAAGGCUCAAUUCCAAGUAUCCCUGCAUCCUGCGCUGUCAGAGACGAGCCUGGCCGGAGUAGAAGAGCUGCUCAAUACUUUGCUGCUCAGAUAUUCCGAGGAUUUGGGGGGCAUCGUGUUGGCCUAUGGGAGCACCACACUCGCCUCCCACCGUGGCCUCAUUCAGCCAUACUUUCCUUACACCCAUGUGGACGUGGGGGCGACCGUGACGCUGUUCAACCCCAAGCCCGGGUGCCGAUUGGUGGGCGUUGUCAACAAGGUGGGCCGCGACUUCAUUGGUCUGCUGGUCGCAGGAAUCGUGAAUGCGUCCAUCGGCGCCGACGCGAUCCGUGCUGACCUGGCAUCCCGCCCAGCCCAGUCUGCCUGGGUGUCCCUGUGCAACCCCCGCCAUGUCAUCAGCAUAGGGACCACUGUGGUCUUCGAUGUCCUCAGUGUCACACAGACGGGUCAGUUUGUGAGUCUCAAGGGAGCCCUCCGAGAGCCCGACACCGGUGCCGUGGAGGUCGUGGGAUACCCCGGGCAGCCGAGGAAGGAGGUGGCGGUGGCGGAGGAGGCGCAUAAAGAGGAGAACGGCAAGAGUACCGCGAAGCGCAAGCGGCGGGAGAGCGCUGGAGAUGCGGCUGCUACCUUCCCACCAUCCUUUACCAGGGCCCUCUUUCUUCGCCAGUGGCCGUAUUCCCCGGACACUACCGCCAAGAUGGUGAAGGUGCGCCCCCGGUCGGGCAGCGUGCUGGAUGAGAUCCGUGCCCUGAUGGAGUUCAAGGACAACAUCAGGAACAUGAGUGUGAUUGCCCACGUCGAUCACGGAAAGUCUACCCUGACUGAUUCCCUGGUGGCUGCCGCCGGCAUCAUUGCCAUGGAGCAGGCCGGCGACCAGCGCCUGACCGACACCCGCGCCGACGAGCAGGAGCGUGGCAUCACCAUCAAGUCCACCGGUAUCUCCCUGUACUACGUCAUGGAGGACGAGGACCUGAAGGGUUUCACCGGCGCGCGCGACGGCAACCACUUCCUGAUCAACCUGAUUGACUCCCCCGGCCACGUCGACUUCUCCUCUGAGGUGACAGCCGCGCUGCGCAUCACCGACGGCGCGCUGGUGGUGGUGGACUGCAUUGAGGGCGUGUGUGUGCAGACCGAGACGGUGCUGCGCCAGGCCCUGGGCGAGCGCAUCCGCCCCGUGCUGACCAUCAACAAGAUCGACCGCUGUUUCCUGGAGCUGAUGCUGGACCCAGAGGAGGCCUACCUGUCCUACCGCCGCGUGAUCGAGAACGCCAACGUCAUCAUGGCCACCUACGCCGACGACGACCUGGGCGACACCCAGGUGCACCCCGAGGCGGGCACCGUCUCCUUCUCCGCCGGCCUGCACGGCUGGGCCUUCACCCUGACGGUGUUUGCCAACCUGUAUGCCAAGAAGUUUGGCACGGACACCAAGAAGAUGAUGGAGAAGCUGUGGGGCGACAACUUCUUCGACCCCAAGACCAAGAAGUGGACCAAGAAGGAGACGGGGUCGGCCUCCUGCAAGCGCGGCUUCUGCCAGUUCAUUUACGAGCCCAUCCGCACCGUGAUCGACGCGGCCAUGACCGACUCCAAGGACAAGCUGUGGGCGCUGCUGGAGAAGCUGGAGGUGCUGCACCUGCUCAAGUCCGAGGACAAGGAGCUGGUGGGCAAGCCGCUGAUGAAGCGCGUGAUGCAGACCUGGCUCCCCGCCCACUCCGCGCUGCUGGAGAUGAUGAUCUGGCACCUGCCCUCGCCCGCCCGCGCCCAGAAGUACCGCGUGGACGUGCUGUACGAGGGCCCCCUGGACGACGCCUACGCCAGUGCCAUGCGCGCCUGCGACCCCGAGGGCCCCCUCAUGAUGUACGUGUCCAAGAUGAUCCCGGCGGCGGACAAGGGCCGCUUCUUCGCCUUCGGCCGCGUCUUCUCCGGCCGCAUCGCCACGGGGCGCAAGGUGCGCAUCAUGGGCCCCAACUACGUCCCCGGCACCAAGAAGGACCUGUACGUGAAGACGGUGCAGCGCACGGUCAUGUGCAUGGGCCGUCGCCAGGAGGCGGUGGAGGACGUGCCCUGCGGCAACACCGUGGCCCUGGUGGGGCUGGACCAGUUCAUCACCAAGAACGCGACGCUGACGGACGAGAAGUGCGAGGAUGCACACACCAUCAAGGCCAUGAAGUUCAGCGUGAGCCCCGUGGUGCGCGUAGCGGUGGAGCCCAAGCACGCCUCCGACCUGCCCAAGCUGGUGGAGGGGCUGAAGCGGCUGGCCAAGUCGGACCCCAUGGUGCAGUGCUCCAUCGAGGAGACGGGGGAGCACAUCAUCGCCGGCGCGGGGGAGCUGCACCUGGAGAUCUGCCUCAAGGACCUGCAGGACGACUUCAUGGGCGGCGCGGAGAUCCGGGUGUCGGAGCCCGUGGUCGCCUUCCGCGAGACCGUGAACAUCAUGUCCGACCAUGUGGUCAUGUCCAAGUCGCCCAACAAGCACAACCGCAUCUACCUCCAGGCCCGGCCCAUGGAGGAGGGCCUGGCCGAGGCCAUCGACGAGGGCAAGGUGGGGCCCCGCGACGACCCCAAGAUCCGCUCCAAGAUCCUGUCGGAGGAGUUUGGCUGGGACAAGGAGCUGGCCAAGAAGAUCUGGUGCUUCGGCCCCGACACCACCGGCCCCAACAUGCUCACCGACGUGACCAAGGGCGUGCAGUACCUGAACGAGAUCAAGGACUCCUGCGUGGCAGCCUUCCAGUGGGCCUCCAAGGAGGGCGUGCUGGCCGAGGAGAACAUGCGCGCCAUCGUGUUUGAGGUGUGCGAUGUGGUCCUGCACGCCGACGCCAUCCACCGCGGUGGCGGCCAGAUCAUCCCCACCGCGCGCCGCGCCAUGUACGCGGCCCAGCUCACCGCCCAGCCGCGCCUGCUGGAGCCCGUGUACCUGGUGGAGAUUCAGUGCCCCGAGCAGGCCAUGGGCGGCGUCUACUCCGUGCUGAAUCAGAAGCGCGGCAUGGUGUUCGAGGAGGCCCAGCGCCCCGGCACCCCCAUCUUCAACCUCAAGGCCUACCUCCCCGUCAUCGAGUCCUUCGGCUUCACCUCCACCCUGCGCGCCGCCACUGCAGGCCAGGCCUUCCCCCAGUCCGUGUUCGACCACUGGGAGGUCAUGACCUCCGACCCCCUCAACGCCGGCUCCCAGGCCAACACCCUGGUGCUGGACAUCCGCAAGCGCAAGGGGCUCAAGCCCGAGCCCUCCCCGCUUGGCGAGUACGAGGACAAGCUCUGA